AUGUUCGCUAAGCAAAGCCCAUGUGACAUAUGUAGUACAUCUAUGCUUGAGGGAGCAUGUAACAAGCAACUAUGUAAAGAAUCCAUCAUUUUGGAGCAACUCAUCUGCGAUAUCCUCGAUAUUUCUAUUGGGCAGUCAAUUUUCUUGAGACGCUGCUUUCUUUUACCUGUUUUUACUAUUUAUGUUCUAAAACUAACUUCAAUCCGCUUUUCUCAGCUCACAACACUCGGUUACGGUGAUAUGGUCCCGUCGACAGUGAUGGGAAAAAUAGUUGGAGGUAUCUGUUCUCUCUCUGGUGUGUUGGUCAUCGCCCUCCCUGUGCCAGUCAUUGUCAGCAAUUUCUCUCGAAUUUAUCAUCAAAAUCAACGUGCGGACAAGCGACGAGCACAAAAGAAAGCACGUCUAGCACGAAUUCGCAUAGUGAAGAACGCAUCAGGUCAAGCUCUAUUCAACAAGAAAAAAGCUCAUGAGGCUCGAAUGCAAGCAUUUGAGCAAGGCAAGCACUUUUUCUCAUUCACCAACUGA